ACAUUCUUCUUGACGACCUUCCGAACGAGCUGCCGCCAUACCGAACGCACCAACACGAGAUCGUGGAAGAACCAGGUUCGAAGCCGACCUUCCGAGCACCAUAUCGGCUCAGCCCCACAAAGCUAGCCGACAUGAAGAAGCAAAUCGAGUAUCUCCCCGCAAAAGGACUCAUCCGACCAUCCACUUCGCCAUACGGUGCCCCAGUACUCUUCACACUGAAGCCGGAUGGAAGCCUGCGCAUGUGCAUCGAUUACCGAGUUCUCAACAAGCAGACCAUCAAGAACAAAUACCCAAUCCCACGAAUCGAUGACCUGCUUGACCAGCGUAGGGGAGCCACAGUAUUUUCCAAACUGGAUUUGCGGUCCGGAUACUGGCAUAUACGAAUGGCGGACAAUUCCAUCCACAAAACUGCCUUCCGAACUCGAUACGGGUCGUACGAGUAUCUGGUAAUGCUGUUCGGACUCACCAACGCACCGGCAACAUUCCAAGCUAAAAUAAACCAUAUUCUACGCCCACUCUUGGACGAAUGUGUGGUGGUGUACCUGGACGACAUCUCAAGUUAUCCAAGAGCGAAUUCGCCACGGCAGAUUCACAACGCCUUCCAUGUCCAACUUCUGAAGCCCUACCGAGACCCUAACACGGUCUUCACCGGACGCCAACCCCCACCGCCGCCGCCCGUCCUCGUCCACGAUGAACCCGAGUACGAGGUCGAGUCUGUGCUCGCACACCGCCGUCGUCGGAAUGGCACCGUGGAGGUUCUCAUUCGUUGGAAGGGUUAUGAUCCUUCUGAGGGCAAUUGGGUUCCUAACUCCGAGAUGGGUAACGGUCAUCAUCCUCAUCGCGAAUACCUUCAUAAUCCUGCUGUAAUCCCUUAAAGCCAAUAGCCUCGCGUGGCUAUA